AUGAGCCACUUGCGCCCGUCAGGUAUACUGCCACAAAACAAGGCGCCUGACUACGAAAUCCGACUCGUUCUCGAACCAGCCGAGAUCCUCACCCCAAGCAUUGAAUUGAAAACCGACGUCCAAUCUACCUUCAACAUGCAGCCGAGCCCCAUCAUGGAGAUCAUAGAAUUUCUCGACACCCCAACCAAGGAAAUGUUCGGGGCCGGCUGGAGCGUUAGCGCCCGCAAAGCUCAAGGUGAUAGUGCUGUCGAAUUUACGUACAGACAUCACUACCCAAUCACGAACAGCGAUAUUGAUAGCAUUCUCAUCCAUGCCAAUUUGCAGGGUUUCAACAAUGAGCCCACUGGUGACAGUCGGGAGUUCAAGGCACAAGUUGAAUGGGGUUACGAACAAAAGAUGCUCUCAAUGACCACCAAGAAGAAGCUAGAUGGAUUUCUACCCAAUGAACUAGAAUUCCCUAAAGCAGACACUUUGCGGCAGCUGCUGAUCGCGAAAGCGCCUAACAAGUUCAAGCAUUGGAAACUUCAUGAUUGGGGUACUUACGCGUUGCAGCGGUCGGUCAUUCAUGGCCCGAUUCAUGUUGAUCGCUACUCCGGGUCCUGGGAUGGUAAGCCGAUCGGCCUUGAGGUUUGGCACAUGGUGAAUGCCUUGGCUGAGAGAACUGAUUACAUCGUCGAGCUUUCCUUUAAGACGAUUAAUCGUUCUUCGGCCUCGUCUAAGCAGAGGAAGCUGGUGGAUGAAAUGAAGAGCAAAGGCUGGCUAGUUGUCGAGGAUGAGGAUUUGGUAAAGACGGGAGCCAUAUUGGAUGCCUACGCUUUUUGA